AAGACUUCGGUCCACAGCGGCCUACGCCUUUACGCUAUAACGCGGCCAGGAAGCUUUGUAACCUUACUUUGUGCAUGCGACUACAGUGUACUAAUACAGUAGUGUUGAUGGUUUCCUAAGGAACGCUGGUCAGAGUCUUAGCCUACGUCUAUCAGCCUUCCUUGACGUCUUACACAUCAGGCCGCAUUUCGGAUAGGCUUCGCCAGGCGGUAUCACUACCAACCUGAUAUCGGUCGCUGUGGGCUUGACGAUAUCGUCACACAGCAAUGGUCAGGCAAGGAGCUUCUGUGAGGGAUGACGAUGUGGAGGAGUCUGCGUCCCCUGACCGACUGUCGUUACCUCACAAUGCUGAUCACUCAUCGGCCCCGAGAAGAUGGAAUCGCCGUAUCGAGAGCCUCAUCGGUUUUGAAGCCCGGGGCCUGGAACGGGUCUCACCAGAGGAACGCCAAGCGCCCUCUGGAACCAACGUGCUGCAGAUGCUUUUGCUCUGGUUCUCCGCCAACCUCACGGUCAACAAUCUCGCCAUUGGGCUGCUCGGACCUCUAGUGUUCAAGCUUGGCUUCUCGGACUCUGCUUGGUGUGCUGUGGUCGGAGUGUUGUGCGGCUCCGCUUCCACUGCAUACAUGAGUACCUGGGGUGCUGUUAGCGGCAACAGAACGAUGGUCGUCCUACGCUACUUCUUCGGCUAUUAUCCUGCAAAGAUCUGCACGCUUCUCAACAUCGUCCUUAUGGUCGGCUGGGCGACCAUUGAUUCAAUCACAGGCGGGCAGGUGCUUUCAGCGGUUAGUGGAGGUAGUAUGUCCAUCGCUGUGGGUGUCGUCAUUGUAACUGUGAUCGAAUGCGCGAUUGCAGUCUUCGGCAUGAAGAUCUUCCAAACCUACGAACGCUUUGCCUGGCUACCCCAAGUCAUUAUGCUCUUCAUCCUUGUCGGUUCAGCUGGGCCGAACUUCAACACAUCACUGACCUCGUCCGUCACCGGCUCAGCACUAGCCGCGAACCGCUUCACGUUCCUAACAACCUGCUUCUAUGUCCCAAACUCAUGGGCCGCUGCAGGAUCGGAUUAUUACGUCUAUUACCCGGAGAAUACACCUCGCUGGAUGAUCUUCCUACUAACUCUUGGGGGCCUUUCGCUGUCAUUCUGCUUCAUGGACUUGCUUGGCGUUGGACUCGGUUCGGGCGUAACCGUGCUGUCUGCAUGGUCCGACGCUUAUACCACGUCUUCUGGCGCACUUAUCGCGACAGGCUACGCACCGUUACGCGACUUCGGCAGAUUCUGCGCCGCAAUAAUCGCUCUAGGUGUCAUCUCUAACUGCACGCCAAGCAUCUACAGCGGAGCCAUCGAUUGCCAGAUUAUGGGUCGGUACGGACAAAUGAUCCCGCGUUGGAUAUGGGUCCUCGUUCUCGUCGGAAUACAGCUAGUCUGCGCAUUAGUAGGGCGAAACCACUUAUUCACGAUCUUUCAGAACUUCUUGGCGCUGAUGGGAUACUGGCUUCUGCCAAUGAUCUGCAUCGUUCUCGAAGAAGAAUCUCUCUUCAAGCGCAGAGUGACUCCGGACUGGGAGGCUUGAAACGAUCGCUCGAAACUUCCAGUCCGACUUGCAGCGCUCGCAGCGUUCCUUCUAGGCUGGCUGCGUGCGGUUCUUGGGAUGUAUGAGACCUGGUUCGUCGGCCCACUUGCGGUGGCAGUGGGCGAUGCCGAUGUCGGCAUGUGGAUAGG